UAUGGACAUUAAAAAUUGCUUGUGAAGAAAUCCUACCCGCAAAGCGUCGCGUUAUGGAUUCCCAAAAGGAUUUCGUCGUGAGCCAACACAUAGGAUUUCAAAAAGUAAACCGGACUCUGCAGGCAACAUCAGAUCCAGCGAUGUUAGAUUUAGAAAACUCUACAUCAUGUUUGCAAAUCGUUAAGGCCCAUUUGGAAACGGUUGAAGGAGAAGUAAAUAGCAUAGCGAAGCAGGUGCAGAAAGACAUCAGUUCUACUGAAAUUAAACUCAAUGAUAGCAAUGAAAAACUGAAAACAGUUGAAGCCAGUUAUGACAAUUGUUUGGAAAAUAUUGCACUUUUGGAAAAAAGAAAACAAGAAUGUGAUGCCGAUAGCAAACUGGAAUUGGCACGUGCACACAACAAUUGGAAAGCAAUCAAACCUUCGAUAACAAAGGCUGCUAAAGACAUAAGACUAAUAUAUGCUCUAGGUUACAUAGCUAGUGCUGCACUUUCUCCAUUUACACUUGGCGGGAGCAUGGCUGUUACUGCUUGCACGCAUGCAGUAGCUGUUGCAAGGAUAAGUUCAGAUAUUGGCGAUACUAUGAGCAUAGCUACCAAAAUUGCUGAGUCAUACAAGUUAACAGCAAGACAGUUGGUUGACGAUAUACAAGAACUAAGUGUGAAAUGUAAAAUUGAGGAAGCAGAGAUGAAACGACUGAAAUCGGAGACAGUUACCUUAAGGAAACAAAUAGGCGAGUUAGAUGCUGUUCGGAAUGCUGCCUAUGCCAUCAUCAAAGCGAAUUUUGUUGCUUCGCAAAAACUUCAGGAAGCUGGUGUCAAGUUGUACGACGCUAUUCAAGAAACUGAGUCUUUUGAAUUAGUGCAGAGGUUACUGGACAAGAAACAAUCAUGGGCCCUAGCAAAUGAACAUCUUCGAAAGUUAAAGGAGAAAUGGGAAGAAGUUAACAAUAUGCUUCGUCAACUUUUGAUAUAUUAACUAGAGCAAAUGAGAUGCAUUCGAUUAAAGUAGAACAUAUAUUUGUCUAAAGACACAAGAUGUGUGUGUAUGUUUUCAUCUCCCAAAAAUAAUUCAAGCAAAGAAAGACAGCUGCUACAUAUAAAUGAAACUUUGAUUUGUGAAAUUUAUGUGUCAGUAUAUAUGGAUAGUGUGUGGAUAGCAAUCAAUCGUUUUAAGCAAAAUCUUCAUUGGCAGUUUAGUUAUUGAUAAGGUGUAUGGUUUGUCUGUCCUAAUAUAUAAUUUGUUGACAUUUUUUCUUAAUGCAUUUCGUUCUGUAUUGUAUCUAUUAAAGUACUUACUAUAUAAUGUAUGGUUCAAAAUAAUAUUUGUUAUCUUAUGAUUUAUUUAUUAUUCAAUAUUACCUUAUCAUUUUAUAAAGAUAUACAUGUUUUAUUUCAUUCCGUUAACAUCUUGAUUCAAAUGUUGUAAUUGCGUGACAAAGUUUAAUUACUGCCAACCAACUGAUUUACCCACAGAACAAUGAAUGACGAUAUAUUUAAACAUUCUUUUAAACGGUAAAGCCUUCAAGUGUCUUUUGUUUGAUAUUUUUAUGCAUUGAUUAUUGUCUCUAAUCACAUUUUAGGCUAAUUGAUACGUCCAAGGUAUUACCAUUGUUUAAUAAUUGGUUUUUGAAUAGUAUAUAUAUAUGUCAUGCCCAUUAAGUGUUUUAUACCAUUCUUUAAAAUCCGGGAUCGAAUAAUAUCUUAUCUUUUUUUGAUUGCCUGCAUAUUUUUAACUACAAUAUUUUUUUCUAAAACAAACAUGAGAAAAAAGCCUUUUCAUAAGAGUUCUUAGCAUAUAGCAGCAACGCCGCUUAUGCUUAUCAGGAAAUCUAAACUUAUUAUUUUCAUAACAUUUUUCAUUUCGUGUAUCCUUAAUGAUAAAAUUAAUAAUAAAAAUCAAAUAAUAAAAUCUUCUCACAUUCUUAAAUUUCUGUAAUGUAAAAUAAAAGUGUGCUCAAUGAGUUGUUAUUCGGUAACUAAUUGUAUCAAUAAAGAUAUUAGCACAAUGUGAUGUUAGGUUAAUGAUUGUUGAUUUAUUGCCUACUGAUGAAUAAAGUUUAACAUGUU